GCUCUCGCUCCCCGUUGCGGCCCCGGAGGCGGUCGAGGCCCGGACGCUGCCCCCCACCGAACGCACGCCCCGGCUGUCUGGGGUGGCGGGGCCGCGCGACGCCGAGGGACAGCCACCUUCCUCUGCCGCCCGAGGUGAGGCGUCCCCGGCCCGACGGGGCGGGCGGGCAGCGGCCGGGACCGGAGCCGCAGCAGUUGCCCCAGAAUUCAUUUUCAGGAAACAACUUCUAUCAAAAUGGUACAAAGAAUGCAAUGAGGAAUUUGUACAUUUUAUCUCUGAUUUGAGAAUCUUUUUGAUGCGGAAAGGAGCAUAAGAAUAACCCAAGCCAUGUGGUAAAAUCGGAGUCUGGCAAGAUGGAAAGGUCCCCGUUUCUGUUGGCGUGCAUUCUUCUGCCCCUCGUUAGAGGACACAGCCUUUUUACCUGUGAGCCAAUCACCGUUCCCAGAUGUAUGAAAAUGACUUACAACAUGACGUUCUUCCCUAACCUGAUGGGUCAUUAUGACCAGGGGAUCGCUGCUGUGGAAAUGCAGCGCUUUCUGCAUCUUGCAAAUCUAGAAUGUUCACCAAACAUUGAAAUGUUCCUUUGCCAAGCUUUUGUACCAACCUGCACAGAGCAAAUUCAUGUAGUUCCACCCUGUCGGAAAUUGUGUGAGAAAAUAGUUUCUGAUUGCAAAAAAAUAAUGGACACUUUUGGCAUCCGAUGGCCUGAAGAACUUGAAUGUAACAGAUUGCCACACUGUGAUGGCACUGUUCCUGUAACUUCUCAUCCACACACAGAGCUUUUUGGUCCACAGAAGAAAUCAGAUCAAGUCCCAAGAGACAUUGGAUUUUGGUGUCCAAAGCACCUUAGGACUUCCGGGGACCAAGGCUAUAGGUUUCUGGGAAUUGAACAGUGUGCCCCUCCGUGCCCCAAUAUGUAUUUUAAAAGUGAUGAACUAGACUUUGCCAAAAGUUUCAUAGGAAUAGUUUCAAUAUUUUGUCUUUGUGCAACUCUGUUCACGUUCCUUACAUUUUUAAUUGACGUUAGAAGAUUCAGAUACCCAGAGAGACCAAUUAUCUAUUACUCUGUCUGCUACAGCAUUGUCUCUCUCAUGUACUUCGUGGGGUUUUUGCUGGGCAAUAGCACGGCUUGUAAUAAGGCAGACGAGAAGCUGGAGCUCGGGGACACCGUUGUCCUGGGGUCAAAGAAUAAGGCUUGCAGUGUGGUAUUUAUGUUUCUGUAUUUUUUCACAAUGGCUGGCACCGUGUGGUGGGUGAUUCUCACCAUUACGUGGUUCUUAGCUGCCGGGAGAAAAUGGAGUUGCGAAGCUAUUGAACAAAAAGCGGUGUGGUUCCAUGCCGUUGCCUGGGGGGCGCCCGGGUUCCUGACCGUCAUGCUGCUCGCUAUGAACAAGGUUGAAGGAGACAACAUUAGUGGCGUUUGUUUCGUUGGCCUGUAUGACCUGGACGCCUCUCGCUACUUCGUCCUUUUGCCUCUGUGCCUCUGCGUAUUUGUUGGGCUGUCUCUCCUCUUAGCCGGCAUCAUCUCCUUAAAUCAUGUCCGACAAGUCAUACAGCAUGAUGGCCGGAACCAAGAGAAGCUAAAGAAGUUCAUGAUUCGCAUCGGAGUCUUCAGUGGCCUGUAUCUCGUGCCCUUGGUGACACUUCUUGGUUGCUAUGUCUAUGAGCUAGUGAACAGGAUCACCUGGGAGAUGACGUGGUUCUCUGAUCAUUGUCACCAGUACCGCAUCCCGUGCCCUUACCAGGCAAAUCCAAAAGCUCGACCAGAAUUGGCUUUAUUUAUGAUAAAAUAUCUGAUGACAUUAAUUGUUGGUAUCUCUGCGGUCUUCUGGGUUGGAAGCAAAAAGACGUGCACAGAAUGGGCCGGGUUCUUUAAGCGAAACCGCAAGCGAGACCCCAUCAGUGAGAGCCGACGAGUGCUGCAAGAAUCCUGUGAGUUCUUCCUGAAGCACAACUCUAAAGUGAAGCACAAGAAGAAGCAUGGCAAACCAGGGGCUCAUAAGCUGAAGGUCAUUUCCAAGUCCAUGGGAACUAGCACAGGAGCGACCACAAAUCAUGGCACCUCUGCCAUAGCAAUCGCUGACCAUGAUUACUUAGGGCAAGAAACUUCAACAGAAGUCCAGACCUCCCCAGAAGCAUCCGUCAAAGAGGGAAGAGCAGACCGAGCAAACACUCCCAGCGUCAAAGAUCGGGACCGUGGGGAACCCGCAGGGCCCAGCUCCAAGCUCUCUGGGGACCGCAAUGGCAGGGAAAGCCGAGCGGACGGCCAGACGGAGAGAAGCAAUGGAUCAGAAGGGGCUCCAAGUGAAGGAAGGGUAAGUCCAAAGAGCAGUGCUCCUGAGACUGGCCUGACAGACUGCAGCACUUCACAGGCCGCCAGUUCUCCAGAACCAACCAGCCUCAAAGGCUCCACAUCUCUGCCUGUUCACUCAGCUUCCAGAGCUAGGAAAGAGCAGGGUGCUGGCAGCCAUUCCGACGCUUGAAGAAAACUGUCUCGUUCCCCCAGAAGCACAUGUAUGUCACACUGGAGAUGACCAAUGGAUUUGUCUUAUAAAGGCCACUGUUGAGCUGGGAGAGUAGCCCAGUGGUACAGCGCCCACCUGGAAUACUUGAGAACCUGGGGUCGUCUCCCAGCACUGCAAAAAGAAAAUUCACUGUUACAGUCUUCCUUGCACUUAAACCAGCUUUGUCUACUGUUUUUUUUGGAUUGGCUUUUAUUUUUGUUGCUGUUAUUUUUGUUGUUUGUUUGUUUGUUUGUUUGUUUGUUUGAGACAAGGUUUCUUUGCUAGCCCUGACUGUCCUGAAACUCCCUCUGUAGACCUGGCUGGCCUCUGUAGAUCUGCCUGCCUCUGCCUCCCGAGUGCUGGGAAUAAUGGUGUGGUCACCACCGCCCGGCCUUUUGUCUAUUUUUAAACUGGAAAGAAACAACAGCCCAGAUUUCAAAAAUAAUAUAAUGCAUUUAUACCUGAAAAAACAACCAGGAGUGUCCAGUUAAUAAUACUUUUUAAAUGUGGGGGUGGGAAGGGCAUUAGAGGAGUCUUCCUUCUAUUGAAGAUUCUUUCAUUAAAGUAUUUUAAGAUAUGCUCUUUCACUCUUUAUAUAAAUCCAAGAUUUUUCUUUGCUGAAGUAUUUUAAACUUUUGUACCUUUAUAUGUAGAUAUGUAUUUGAAAAUAUGCUUAUGUGUAUUUGAACUUUUUGAAAAUCCUAGAAAAUUGAAUCAAAUAUUUUUAUGAUAUUUUUCUACUAUUUUAGCUACUUUGCAACUGUGAUAGCUGUUACACUGGAUUUUUAAAAACCUUGUACAGCAGCCUCUUUACAGUAAAAAGAGUGGAUGUCACACUGAAAGGUUUGUAAGAAGUGGUCACAGCCACCCCUACCUUCCCCGAAAGGAGGAACUUGGUGGCAGUGUCCCUCCCUGAUUGGACUGUCCCUUUCUUUCUGCAUGUUAUAAAUCAGCAGGUCAGAUGGUGUGUUUUUUACAAAUUAGGCCAAGCUAUCGAUUCCCCUUUUAAGUGUUGAAUUAGGAUUGAACUAUGGCCAUUUGUAGUUGCUCGUGCCUGUUUUUAUUUUAGUAUUUUAUUUCCGAGACAGGGCCUCACUGUGUGGCGCUCCUCGGCUGUCUGGUGUUCAGUCUGUCCCAGACAGGUCACAGAUCUCCCCCUCUGCAGCUCACUCAUCUCUCCCAAGCCACCACACUCAGCUUUUAUCUCUUUUAAAAAUUUAAACUUAAAAAAAUGUUUUUGGAAUAGAACAAACACAUUGUGUUGUAUCUUUCUUAGACGCUAUGCAAAAUUCCUAUCUGCAUCUAAGCCUGCAAAAGAAAAUGUGUGAAGGACAGAGUCAGAGUUGGGCAGGGAGAGCGUAGUGCAGCAGGUGCAGCGUGAAGACACUGAAGGUGCUAAGACAGCGUCUCAGUGCUGGUCCUCCUUAAGGAUUAUCUCGCCAGCGAGGUUUUCUUGGAUCCUUUGAUCCCAUUGGAGCUCUGUUAAAGUUUAAAAUGAAAAUUAUCAUGUACUGUAUGGGAAAUGUAAAUACUAACUUUUCCACAUAUGUAAACUUCAGACACAAGAAAUUUUUUUGUGUGUUCUUUUCAUCAAUAAAAUUUUCUUUGAAU